UUUAUGGAGCGCAGGCGCUUUGGCACCGAACUCCGGAAAGUCUGCUGCUGAUCAAUUUUGGCGUUUCCUUGAAUUAUACUCACCAGUUAUUCAGGAACAAAUUUGCAAUGGGUAACGAGAGUUCAUUGCCUAUGGAAUUGUGCUCAAACUUCGAUGCCGAUGAAAUCAGAAGAUUAGGAAAACGAUUUCGAAAAUUAGAUCUCGAUAACAGUGGUGCUCUCAGUAUCGAUGAAUUUAUGUCGCUGCCAGAAUUACAACAGAAUCCCCUGGUUCAACGUGUAAUUGAUAUUUUUGAUGCAGAUGGCAACGGUGAAGUCGAUUUUAAGGAAUUUAUUCAAGGAGUUUCUCAAUUUAGCGUGAAGGGCGAUAAAGAAAGCAAAUUACGGUUUGCUUUCAGAAUUUAUGAUGUAGAUAACGAUGGCUUCAUUAGUAAUGGUGAAUUAUUUCAAGUACUUAAAAUGAUGGUGGGAAAUAAUUUAAAAGACACGCAACUUCAACAAAUUGUUGAUAAGACGAUACUUUUUGCCGAUAAGGACGAAGAUGGUAAAAUUAGUUUCGAAGAAUUUUGUUCAGUUGUUGGGAACACUGAUAUACAUAAGAAGAUGGUGGUUGAUGUUUAAUUAACCAAAGUUUGUUAGCAUGUAAAAAUGUUUAAUGAUCUUAAGUGGUAAAAGAAUUUUGACUUCAUGAAUUUAUUACUAAGAUUUCGAUUUCUCAUAUGGUCAUAAGUAAAAUCUCACUAAAUGAUACCAUUAUACAAAUGUCACUCUUCUCAUACACACACUUCUUAUUGAAUCUACUACUAAAAAAAGUAUUUUUCUCUGUAUUAUAAUAAUGCUAACGUUGUACCACACAAAGGUGUUAUAAUCGGUGCAAUUUAAUUAAGUGCAAUUCUGUUAAUUGUAUAUCUCAUGGGCUUUAGAAGAAGCAAAAGCACUUUUAAUCCCCUAUGAACGUGCAACUACAAAAGUAAUGAAUGUUAAAUUCUCUGCGAUGAUGACAAGGUCUGUCUGCGAGCACUUUAGUAACAGACAGAUCUUGCCAUUAGCAACCCUUCCAUAUUCCAUAAAAUUUAAGGUCAGAUUACAUUGGACAUAUGAAGGUAUGAUCUUGGUCUAUGGGGUUAUUCACCUAAGUGUCACUUUACAUUCUCAAAGAGAAAGAAUUACGUUUUUAAAAUGUGAAACGUCAGUAACAUUCUUUUGAAAAUGUUUUUGAUAUUGCAUUUUCAGUCGAACCAGAAGUGGUCAUUAACUUUCCUAUUUUAAAUGGAAUACUGUAAAUAUUGUUACACUUUUCAAUCUUCCCUUGAAUUUUAGGGACAUUUUGUUAAGCAUACAUUUGGUCUGAGUUGCACAGUUUGAGUUAUUCGACGUAUUUGCACGAAACUAACAUGUGCCAUGUCCUCAACAUUUUUUCGCAUCUUUGGAAGUUAAUGGAAACACUUAGGUGAAUUAUUUAGUACAACAUGUUUAAUCCACAUUCUUAUUUACUGCAGAUGCAAUGUAAUGGACCAAAUCCUGUGCCAGUUAAAGGGCAGAUCUAUUUUCUAUUAGUUGCCAACUAUGCUCAUAAUAAGUGAUUUUACUGUGCACAUUUCAAUGCACUCUCUUCCGCUGUCUUCUUAACAUAUAUUAUAGCACUUUCAAAUCGCAAACUAGGAUCGGGUACCGCAUAUCAUUUUAAAUGAAUUGUCAUUUAUUUGGAACUAUAUUGCAAUAAAUUAUUCCUGAUCAAUGAGUGAUUGAAUUGCAAUUUAUAUGAAUCGAGGUAAUGAUUCCGAACUGUAUAAUGUAAUAAUUUGUAUAUUUUAUUCAGUAAAUUAUAUAUGCACGAGUUUAUGAAGUAGAAGUUAGUUUUCUUUGUUUGUAGUUUAUCAUAUUUUAUUAAUUAUAAUAAUAAACCAUUCAAUUUCAGAAUGAA